UACAAAAACAAAACCAAAUACUCAUUCUCACAACUGGAUAAGGCCCUUCAAAUCUACUCCAAGUUUCAAGGAAUUUCCUCGCGAGCCUAAUCCUCCUUUAGAUAAGAGAGGAAAUUACAACUGAAUCCGAGCCUCAUCCCGGAAAAUUACCACUCUGAGAGUCCUGCAUAGAAACAUAUAUAGAGAGACAGAGUCAGCUAUUCCAUAUGGUUUCCCUUCACUUGUUCUCUUUCUUUUUGGAAUCAACUACCUCUUGAAGCUCAGAACCCUCGAGUUAGCCGAGCCAUUUUCUUGCACCAUUUGUUCUGUUCUUGCAUUGUUCAUGGAGCACUACUUGAGAGAGAGAGAAGGAAAACAACUCCAUGAUCCUAUUCGCAUUGAGAAAACUAAAAAUUCAUCGUCAUCACGAUGCGAGUACGUUGACGGGCCGGUGAUCGUCGGCGCAGGGCCUUCAGGACUUGCUGCGGCCGCUUGUCUCAAAGAAAAGGGUGUCCCAUAUGUGGUUCUCGAGAGAUCCAAUUGCAUAGCUUCUUUGUGGCAGCUCAAGACAUACGAUCGCCUUCGACUUCAUCUACCAAAGCAAUUUUGCGAGCUUCCCUUCUUGGGUUUCCCUUGUAAUUUCCCUACUUACCCUACUAAGCAACAAUUCACGAAGUACUUGGAGGAUUACGCCAAGAAGUUUGAUAUUAGACCGCGGUUCAAUGAGACGGUGGCACAUGCGGAGUAUGAUUCUACGCUUGGUUUUUGGCGCGUGAAGAGUGCGGGACUAAAGGGGGAGACAGAGUAUGUGUGCCGGUGUUUGGUCGUAGCGACCGGAGAGAAUGCAGAGCCGGUGGUGCCGCAGAUAGAAGGAAUGGAGGAAUUUGGAGGGCCCAUCAGGCAUACAAGUUUAUAUAAGAGCGGGGAUGAGUAUAGACUGAAGAGGGUUUUGGUGGUUGGAUGUGGGAAUUCAGGCAUGGAGGUGUGCUUGGAUCUAUGCAACCAUAAGGCUAAACCUUCUAUUGUGGUCAGAGACACAGUGCACGUCCUACCACGAGAGAUGCUGGGAAAAUCAACUUUCGGGCUGUCCAUGUGGUUGCUCAAGUGGCUGCCCAUGCGCCUUGUGGAUCGGUUCCUGCUGAUUGUGUCAUGGCUCAUGCUCGGCGACACAGCUCGAUUUGGAUUGGACCGGCCGCGCUUGGGUCCCCUUGAACUCAAGAAUUUGUCUGGAAAGACCCCAGUUUUAGAUGUUGGUACGCUCGCCAAGAUCAAAAGUGGAGACAUUAAGGUAUUUCCAAGCAUUAAGAGGCUAAAACGUCAUGCUGUAGAAUUUGUUAAUGGAAAAAUACAAAACUUCGACGCCAUUAUUUUAGCUACCGGUUACAGAAGCAACGUACCCUCUUGGCUUAAGGAGGGACAGAUGUUUUCAAAGAAAGAUGGGUUUCCUCGAAAGGCAUUUCCAAAUGGUUGGAAAGGCGAGUAUGGGCUGUACGCAGUGGGGUUUACGAAACGUGGACUGCUUGGAGCAUCAAUGGAUGCCAAAAAAAUAGCUGAGGACAUUGAACGGUGUUGGAAAGUGGAGGCAAAGCAGAAAUUGGCCUUUGUCAGCUCACUUUUGCCAAGGUCAUUAUCUUGAUUAAUUUGUUCAGUUAUAGAUCAUAUCCAUUGAGAAAUGGCGAGCCAUCAGUUAGCUCGUUCGAUCACCUUUUGCCUAAGUACGUAAUCAUCAUGAUUUUGCCAAUCGAGUUAGAGGUAUAGAAAUUAAUAGAUGAAAUUAAGAAUAAUCAGUGAUGAGAUCUUAUAUACAUUUUUUUUUUAUCUUCAUUAUUUCACUUUCUUUAAUCAUUAAUUUCUAUACAAUCUCAAACUCGGCAAAAUGAUCAUGAUGAUGGCUGAGGUAAUGGGGUUCCAAGUGGAGGGUUUUCUUUUCUGGGUUCGGCACCAAAGUUGGUUGCCCUCCAAGUGCAUUAUCAAUGAGUGGAGGAAAAAAAAAAAAAAAAAAAGGAAGAUGGGGAGAGAGUUGAAUCGAUGAACCCUUAUCUUUUCAAAGUGGCAAGGCACAAGCUGCUAGCUAGCCUGCAAGCUGGCCUCCUUCGGAAGGCCGUGGAUUUCAGAUCAGUGAAGAAAAAUUAAGGAUGCCGGUACUACUCUUUCUACAUGAUCUCUUGUACAUAUUAUAUAUGAUCGUUCGUUUGCCUCUAAUAUUUAGGCAUUAUAUUGAGUUGAUCAUAGAAAACAAAAAAGAGGAUAGGUUAGGGAAAAUUUAUAUAUAGAUCAAUAUCAAAGCGAUAAAUAUUGUUUGGUAAUUGUUUGCCAAGUGAUAUAAUUAUGUUCUAGCAAAGCAUAAAUAUUGAUCUAAUUCCGG